AUGAAAGGCAAAGCAUUCAACAACACCAAGCGCUCGGGGUAUGGAUUGGCGCUCGUCCCAGCAUUGCUAUUGAUAGUAUUUACUAUCUUUCAGCUUUCAGGUAACUUCAUACACCCAGAGCCAUUUCACGAUAUCUCUCGAUCAGAUCCUUAUCUCACCCUCCAGCAAGCCACAGAUGACCCACUUCAUGACAAAAUAGGCCAACCUGAUUUACAUCCUUCCAAAGAGCACCUACAUGAGGGCAAAAAAGCAAUGGUUGCAAGUGAUGUUCCUGUGUGCUCCACUAUGGGUAAGGAAAUUUUGUUAAAAGGAGGUAAUGCCGCAGAUGCUGCAGUCACAGUCGCAUUGUGCAUUGGCUCAAUAAAUGCCCAUAGUUCAGGAAUAGGUGGAGGCGGGUUCAUUUUGAGCAGAAAUGUGGACAAAGAUGAUAUCAUCAGUAUAGAUGCAAGAGAAAUGGCCCCGGCAUUAGCGUCAAAGAACAUGUUUGGCAACUCAUUUGUGUUGAGCAAAAUUGGCGGACUCGCUAUUGCGAUCCCCGGUGAGCUCAAAGGAUUGGAUGAACUUUAUAAACAACACGGAAGUGGUAGGCUAUCUUGGAAACAGUUAUUUGAACCAGUUAUCAAAUUGAAUGAGGAUGGGUGGAAUUGUUCAAAAGUAUUUGAAACUGUGGUGGCAAAAGAAGACGAGUUGGUGCUAUCACGAGCACCAGUGUUGAAAAAGAUGUGGGAUUUCAUAUUCAAUGACAAGGGGGAUCUCGUUAAAGAGGGUGAUUUCAUUCAACGAAGAAACUACGCCAAAACAUUGAGAUUGAUUGCCAAUAAUGGAAGUAGUGACAUAUUUUACGAUCCAGAUGGCCCAAUCGCUCCAUCAUUGGUGAAUACAAUUGCCCAAUGGGGCGGAAUUUUUACGCCACAAGAUUUCGCCAAUUACAAUGUGAAUGUUGAAUAUCCAUUGACAACGUCCAUCAAUGGUCAUACUCUUUACACUAGCAACGGGAUAUCAUCGGGAAUUUCAUUGAUUGCGGGAUUAAACUUUUUCCAUGAAGUGUACAAUGGAUCAGAUGAUGAAGUGCUAUUUAACCACAAAUUGAUUGAAAGUUUCAAGUGGUCGAGUUCUGUUCGUACUCGAUUGGGUGAUUUAUCAAAUAAACAAAAAGUGAUCAAAAAGUACAGUGAAGGUAAAUGGAUUAAAGAGGUACUUGAACAGGGUAAGUUUUCCGAAAAUGAAACUUUCUCAUGGAAUAAUUAUGACCCCAAGUAUGACAUGGUUGAACCACAAGGAACUUCGCAUUUUUCAAUUGUCGAUAAAGAUGAUAAUGCAGUUGCCAUGACUACAACUGUAAAUUUGCUUUUUGGGUCGAUGAUUUAUGAUAAAAACACUGGAAUAGUUCUUAAUGAUCAAAUGGAUGAUUUCAGUCAACCAAAUGUCAGCAAUGCAUUUAAUUUAACGCCAUCGAUCUACAACUUUGUCCAUCCUGGAAAUAGACCUCUUAGUUCAACAGCACCAACCAUCAUAACUUUCAACAACAAGAGCGACUUAGUCAUUGGUGCAGCUGGCGGAAGUAGAAUUACAAACACGAUUCUCCAAGCAAUUGUGAGAAUGUAUUAUAGAAACACCGGACUACUUGAAACAAUUGCGUACCCUAGAAUGCAUCAUCAAUUGAUUCCCGAGGAUGUAAUGAUUGAAAACAUGACCACAUUUGCAGAAGAAUUUAAGGGAACUGCUAUUGUCGAAAAGUUGGAGAGUAAGAGACACACAUUUUUGGAGACAGGCGCGUUGACAGCAAUGAAUGGAAUUAAAAGGUUAAAGAAUGGAACAUUGCAAGGUGUUAGUGACUUUUGGAGAAAACGAGGAGAAGCAGAUGGGUAUUAA